GGUUGGCGACUUUUCACCUAUAAUACAUAAACUUGCUGAUUUGUACUAGAUAAAACCAACACACCAGCUUAGGGCCGGCGGCAAAAAGAAGCCGUGCGGAUAUUUUUUGCUAGCUGGGUAUAUGAUCCCAUGAUCAUAUGCAGUGACUUGCUAGCGAAUAUUCUGGAUCUCAGAUCACAUGUGCUUCAUGGAAAGAGUGAAAAAUGUGAUUGUGUAUGUUGUUUAUUCGUUCGCGUUUCGGAUGGCCUCGAUGAGUUUGGAUAAUUACUACAGUGAAGUAUUAGGAACUUCCACAGUAGAGAAAGAAAGGACUCAGUCGCCAAAUAUGAGCGAAUCUUCUUGGUCUGGAAAACCCACAACAAUGUGUGAGACUAUGGGAAAAGCCGACAUCUGGUUGAUUAGAACUUACUGGGAUUUUGAGUAUCCACGCCCACUCCUGCCUAAUUUUAAAUUUGUUGGAGGACUACACUGCAAACCCACCAAGCCUCUGCCAAAGGAACUGGAGGAGUUUGUUCAGAGCUCAGGAGAUCAUGGCAUCAUUGUGUUCUCAUUGGGUUCCAUGAUCAGCAACCUGACAAUGGAAAGAGCAAACACCAUUGCUUCUGCUCUUGGCCAGAUCCCACAAAAGGUUGUUUGGCGUUAUGAUGGGAAAACACCAGAAACUCUUGCCCCCAAUACAAAAAUCUAUGACUGGAUCCCACAGAAUGAUUUGCUUGGUCAUCCAAAAACAAAGGCCUUCAUUACCCAUGGUGGGACAAAUGGACUGUAUGAGGCUAUUUAUCAUGGUGUCCCAAUGGUGGGCUUGCCACUGUUUGCUGACCAGCCUGAUAACCUAAUGCACAUGAAAACCAAAGGAGCUGCUGUUGUUCUUGACAUCAACAAAAUGCAGUCCGAAGACCUGGUGGAUGCACUCAAGACUGUCUUAAAUAAUCCAUUAUACAAGGAGAGCAUCAUGAGACUAUCCAGAAUCCACCAUGAUCAGCCAAUGAAGCCUCUGGACCAGGCAGUUUACUGGAUUGAAUUUGUGAUGCAGCAUAAAGGAGCUAAACAUCUCCGAGUUCAGGCACAUAAUCUGAGCUGGUAUCAGUACCACUGCCUGGAUGUAGUGGCCUUCUUACUAUCAGUUGCUGCAUUGAUCACAUUCCUCUUUAUUAAAACAUGCUGUUUCCUUAUCCGUAAAUGUUUCAGAAAGACUCGUCCUGAUGCCAAAGCAAAAAAGAGUAAAAAAGAGUGAAUGUAAAGUAGGUUCCCAUAGAAGUAUUUCCUUCAAUUGACUAUGGUACGUGUGUCAUCAUCACGUGUACGAUGGCCAGUGUGUGUUCUGACUACAUUUCAAACUGUAUGUUCUUAUUGAAACAAAUACAUGUGAAUGUUAAAAUAAUUAUGUACAAUAAUUACCUAAGAUGACAGAAAUAAAAACAUUUCUUUAAUAUAAUA